AUGCUCUGCCACCCCACCACCACACCCUCAUCACCGCUUUGCCACCCCACCGCCACCCCCUCAUCACUCCUCUGCCACCCCCUAAUCACCACUCUGCCACCCCACCGCCACCCCUCAUCAACGCUCUGCCACCCCACCGCCACACCCUCAUCACCGCUCUGCCACCCCACCUGCCCCCUAAUCACCCCUCUGCCACCCCACUGCCACCCCCUCAUCACUCCUCUGCCACCCCACAGCCACCCCCUAAUCACCCCUCUGCCACCCCACCACCACCCCCUCAUCAACGCUCUGCCACCCCACCGCCACCCCCUAAUCACCCCUCUGCCACCCCACUGCCACCCCCUCAUCACCGCUCUGCCACCCCACUGCCACCCCCUAAUCACCCCUCUGCCACCCCACCGCCACACCCUCAUCACCGCUCUGCCACCCCACCGCCACCCCCUAAUCACCCCUCUGCCACCCCACUGCCACCCCCUCAUCACUCCUCUGCCACCCCACCGCCACCCCCUCAUCACCGCUCUGCCACCCCACUGCCACCCCCUCAUCACCCCUCUGCCACCCCCUAAUCACCCCUCUGCCACCCCACUGCCACCCCCUCAUCACCGCUCUGCCACCCCACUGCCACCCCCUAAUCACCCCUCUGCCACCCCACCGCCACCCCCUCAUCAACGCUCUGCCACCCCACCACCACACCCUCAUCACCGCUCUGCCACCCCACCGCCACCCCCUAAUCACCCCUCUGCCACCCCACUGCCACCCCAUCAUCACUCCUCUGCCACCCCCUAA